AUUGGUAAAAGCAAACAGUAUAUCAGUCCCAUUCAAGCAAAUCCAUUUGAUAAUUGUUAUAAAAGUGAUUGUCAUCCGGAUGCAAAAUGUACUUCCACUUCUACUGGUUAUACAUGUCAGUGUCCGGAUACGCAUCGUGACAUGAACCCCUCAAAACCGGGACGUGAGUGCGUAAGUUAUACUGGCAUAAACGAAUGCGAACGUAAAGAAUGGAAUGAGUGUGAUGAGCAUGCUCGAUGUAUCGAUCAGGACCAUCUAUACAGGUGUGAAUGCAUAAAACCAUAUGUUAAUGCAGCACCACCGGGAAAAUUGCCGGGAUCUGUGUGUUGCAUUGGCUGUUGCCACGUUGCAAACAUUUGUCCUCCAAAUGUCAUUUGUCAAAACGAAGAAGCAGGGAUAAAAAGUCAAUUUAUUUGCAAAUAA